GUUUUUGUGAAUAAACCUCACUAAGAUUUCUUGCAAGAUUUGAGUAUUGCCAGUAUUAACUUAAUUUGUAAGGAUUACUUAAAUUUCUUUGAUGCCAAACUGAUAUUUUUAGGUAGAUGGCACAUUUAGCUGCUGAAAUUGAAAUCCUUGGCAGUGUAGUUGUGUGUUUACCAAAAUUAAGCUAUAAUUACAAACAUUAACUAAUUGUAUAUGUAGAAUUACUAGAAUAUUAGGUGUUUUCAGAUAUUUUGACAUUUCUUUACAUUUUUUGCAUGUCCAAUAUAAAAAUUGUUUCCUGCAUUUCUUAUAGAUAUUUAAUUUCCCCAAAUUGUAGCUGUUUAUUCUUCCAUUUUAUUGGCUGAUCGGAUAUACAUCCAUUAGAGAUAAUUUCUUCACCAGGUAAUUGCUAAUUUGCUACAGUUUUCUUCUACUUCUCAUAACAUUUUUUCAUGAACAUUUCAUCAUGGUCUUUCUCAAAUUGUUCUACUUUACAGAGAAACUAUUUUCAUUCAUUCUUUAGCAGAUAAGACAAAUUUUUAAACAUCUAGGCAGAUUAUUUCUCAAAACAUACUACUGCAGGUGAUCCUUCCAUAAGUGAAUAAGUGCAAGGUAUCAGAUAAAGUGUGGUUUCAAAUAACAUAAAUACAUUUUUAAAGCAUCAUUGUAAAUGUCCUUAUCAGUUCAACUACAUGUAUGUUAGAGCUUAUCCUUUGCAGGCUAUUUUUAAAAUCUCUAAAGCUACUGGAAGAAAAAUAGCUACGAUUCCUUAUGAGAUUUGAGUGCUGCCAGUUUUAAUUUAUUUGUAUGAAAUACUUAAACUCCUUUCAAAAAAAGGAUGGGGGAUUGGACAUCAGCCUGGAAUUUGAAGCUCCCACCGAAAGUCAAGCUCUUAUUCUGGCAAGUAGCGAUCGGGGUGCUUCCAACAGUUGAUGUCUUGAGGAGAAAACAUCUGCAAGUUCAAGCGGGCUGCCAGUUAUGUAAAACAGCAUAAGAGAACCCUCCUCACUUGUUUAGAAACUGCCCAAAAGUAAAAAUGUUGUGGACUAAGCAUGGGUUACCAUCUGCAGGUGAAAGAGGGACUUUUGUAGGUUGGCCAAACAUUAAGUACACAUUAUAUGUAAAAAUAUUUUUGCCCAGCUGAAUUUUAGGUGGUGUACAAGCUAAGACUUCUCUAAAUGCAUCCUAAAAUGUUUAGGGUAUAAAUGUUUUAUUCCUUAAGAAAGAAGACUAAAUUGGGUAUAAUCUUCUGAAGUUUUCAAGCUUUUCCAUUUUUUCUAAAAUAAUUAGUUUUGCAGAACAAAGGUUUUCUUAAUUUAACAUUCUAAGUUUGGGUUAUCACUCUCUUCUUUUAAGCUUGACAUAGUAUUCUUUAAGCGUACAAGUUUUUCUUAUUUUAAGCUCUUCAGCUUGGUUAUUACUCUCCUUUUAAGUUUGACAUAGUCUUCUUUAAGCUUAAAAGGUUUUCAAUUGUCCAUCAUACAUUGUUUCAGCAUUGUUUAAGAAUAAAACCUCCUCAUACAUAAGAAGAAAUACAUAGGACAAUUGUCCACUUUGGUGAAAUAUGAUAGGAGUAAUAAAAAGAGGUGGAAACCAAGAGACUGCUAUCAAAACUUAAAGAUAUUCAAUUUUUGUCAGGUGGAGCAGCUUUGACUCUUUGAGUAUGCAAAGCUAAACAACUAAAGUGCUAGAUCACUACCUGCCCAAGUGCCUCCAAUUUUCUUCGAGUAGAGCUGUGUACCCAAAAUGAUCUUUUCCCAGACCACUAUUGGAGAUAAAGUUGUAUAUUCUAGGUUUCUUGUAUAUGUACCCAAAAUGAUUUUUCCCAGACCAUUAUUUUGAAAUAUAUAUUUUUGGUAUCUUGUAGUUGUAGCUCUUAAUAAUUAUAUUUUUGGUUUCUUGUAGCUGUAGCUCUUUUGGGUGUUUGUUCUAAUGUAAUGCUUAAAUGUAAUAUUUUGUUUAGUUUCGUGAUAAAUGAUGUUCAAUGUUUGCAGGUCAUCUAGCGGCAAUCACAGAACUCCAACAAUGUAGUAGAAAGCUCCAACAGUAAAUUACGAAGAAGAAAACAAGGAAAGUGUAAAAACUGGUAUGAGAUUUAAUGUGGUCUAAUUGUUUUCAAGUUAAUACUCCAUCUAAACUAUAAUCGAACAAAUCACAAAACAACUAUUACUUCCCCCUUUCAUGACCCCUCUUGAAAAUUAAAAUCUAAACUCAAUUCUUUGUGUUGUAGUUUUUGUUGUCAAAAUCCGGUCAUACAUAUAUUGUCGCAGAUUGUUGACAGAGGUGUUUGAAUUCUUUGAUUGUUUACUCCCGUGAGUUCCCGUGUCUUGUGAAAACAUUAUAGCACAAAGAUCAUGAGGCAACCAUGCAUGGUUCAGGAGAGUGUUGAGUUUAGGCAUGGGAGGAGAAAGCACACCUUCAAACCCUGAUUCUCCUAAGUUGUUUUAAUGUAAUUUUUGUAUGCGAAGAAUUAUAGCUCUCAAGCAUUACGUGGUCACCAGCAUGCUUGCAAGAAGGAAAGAGGUGCAUUGAAAAAGUACAACUUGAUGGGUAUGGCAUUCCAUAAUCCCAUGUUAAGGUCUAUGGGGGUAUACACCAUGGAAUUAUGCAUGGUCAAGGGAGGGUUGAUGGAAAUGGAAGUAUAAUAGUGACAACGUUUGGGAAGCCUCCUAAUACAAGAUUGUCUAUGUCAGGGCUGCCUGAUCCAAGGGACAAAGUAGCAGACUCAACAUGGCUAGGAAGCUUUUGGUUCAAUCCUCAAGAAGCAGAGGAGCAGUCCUAUCCUAAUAAGCACUUUUGUUUAAUCCUCAACCUACCUGUUACAUGUAAUCUUAUACGUAGUAUAACAUUGUUUCAAUGGAAAUUGUUAUAUAGCCACCUAGAGACAUGUAAAAUGUCUAUUAUAAUCCAAUGCA